AUGUACUCGAAGAUUCACUACCAAGACAAGGUUAAGGAUGCUGUCAUAGCCAAACAGCAUUUAUCUUCUAAGCCAGACAAGAAAUCUUUGCUUAGUGUCAUCAAGCAACAGACUAAGCAAGCCUUUGAGGAAGAAUCCAAGGAAGUUAGAGACAAGGUCUUUGCAGCUGUGGAAGCAAUGAAAGAGAAGAAGUGUGCUGAGAUGCAGGGGGCAGGGGGGCAGGGCAAGUCAGAUGUGAACAAGGAAGUCCAGACAUACCCUGACUUUACACAGAGCAUUAUGGCUCCUUAUACUCAGUUUGUAGAGUGUGUAUUUUCCAAAGCAGCAUUGCUCACCAGGGCAAAACACUCAAUACCAUCCACUAGUGUAUCAGGACCAGUUUCUGGCAUGUCUGCAUUACCUCCGCAAAUGCUUAAUACUGCCAACCACGUGCUCUCCUUUGAAGAAGAUUUCACUUACAAAAAUGAUGACACUCUGGGAGGGAUCACUGCUGAUACAUCACCUAUCAUUUCUGGGCCUGCAUUACCAGUGCAUCAUGCACUCAAUACAGCCAGUCAGAUGCCCUUGUUCAAACAAGAUUUCACCUUUAACCAAAAUGAUUACCUUUCUGAAGCUGCUACACCCCAGAUUCAGGAGCACAAUCCCUUAGACAUGAACUUUUUCCCUGACUUCCCCCCAAAACCAGUUGAGACAGCUGAGGACAUUGAAUUAAUGCAACCACUAAUUUGGGUGAUUUUGAGAGAACCACUAACCAUGAAAAAGACUGCACUGCUUCCUCUGCUUCCUUUGGCAUCAGCUUCUUUUCCUGCACAGUCCAUGCCACCUUUUGCUCCUCUACCAGCAAUGAAUACUCCAGAAAAAGAGGGCAGGCCAUCAAAACAUCAAAAGACAAAUCACCCUGCUGCUGAGGGAGUCGAGAUUGGCCAUCAGUUUCAGAAUUUGGGUGGCUUUGAAACAACCACCAACCAAAAGUAUGUCUUCAAUUCCAUCCCAGAAAAGACUGUGCUGCUUCCCCCACUUCCUUUGGCAUCAGCUUCCUUUCUUGUACAGUCCACGCCACCUGUCAUUCCUCCCCCAGUAACGAAUGCUCCAGAACAAGAGGGUAGGCCAUUGAAACAUCAGAAGAAAAAUCACCCUGCUGCUGAGGGAGCCACCAGGCUUAGUCCAGUGGUUGAGUCCAGUGGUUGA